UUUCGAACCAUUUUCACUGCAGCGGCGCCGCUCUCACCAGCCGCCGUCUCCACCGCAUUUUCCACCAGAAGGUGUUAUUAAGCUGAGAGAUGAAAACUGCUGAUAAUUCCAAAAUGGGUGAAGAUUUCUUCAAAUAUCUACAAUCAGAAAUUGUAUUAAAUAUCUUCUCAAGACUCCCCACACGAGCAGCUAUGGCCUGCAAGUGUGUUUGUAAGCCAUGGCUCAGUAUGCUCACUACUCCUAAGUUUGUGAAUUCACAUAUGUCUAGAUCAGUCCCGAGCAUUGCUAUUGAAACAAACUCAAAGUGUUACGAUAUCAUUGAAUUUACGGAUGAGCUUGACCUCAACUUUGAUGGACCAAUUCGUAGUAUGCCUAAUGAUUUUGAUAAGGAGCAUCGUUGGGACGUAACCUUCAACUUCGUACUCCCUUUUGAUGGAAUACUUCAGAGUUCAGCUAAUGGUUUGAUCUUUCUAAGAGACUUUGGUCAUGAUGAUCUUAUCCUGUGCAAUCCGGUCACACGUGACUAUCUCAAGCUCCCUUGUCCUCGACAAACCUCUCCAAAAGUUCCGAAUGCAAUGGAUAAUUUUGGAUUUGGAGUAAGCGGAACGCCCGGACAAUAUAAGGUGGUUAGGAUUUUCGCUGAAGCACCUGAACGACGAGAGGGUUUCAAAAAUGCUUGCCAAGUCUACACAGUUGGAACCGGAUCGUGGAGAAAUGUUCCCUUUGGUAAGCCGCUCGGGUUUUGUGACGACAUUGGAGGGGUACAUCUGAAUGGAAAUCUUUAUUGGAUGGUAGCAAAAACAACAAGUGGCUUUUGUAGAUGGAUUUCUUCCUUUGAUCUUGAAAUGGAACUUUUUAUCACCUUCGCUGCACCUCCUCCUCGUGGUAGAGAUUUUCUCUUCGGUAGGUCACUCUGUGUUUUGAGGGGUUGCCUUUGUGUAAGCGACAUUUCACACAAUGGGCCCGACAUUGACGAUGAUGAGGACGACAUUCCAAACGAUGGGCAUGUUAUAAUCUGGAUGUUGAAGGGAGAUGACAACAGUUGGUCAAAGAUAUUUGUCAUCCCUAAAGUUGAACGGUCUGCUGGUUUAGGUAAUGUUUGGCCGAUUAUAAUUUUCAAAAAUGGUGACGCGUUGAUAGAAUGGGACGAUGGCAUGAUAUUCUUCUACUCCAAAAAGAGGAGAAAUUUUGACUGCGAGGUCAUGUCUCUAGAGGGUCGUGAACCGUUCACCUCUACGAUCAUGUAUGCCCCAAGCUUUGUCUCUCUCAAGAGUUUUUCGAUGGAGAAUGUAAGCUCAUUUUGAGUCGUGACUGUAGUUUGUGUAGCUUCUUUCAUGUCUGGUGCUGUAAUGCAUGAAUGGUGAGGAACAUGAGAGAUUAAACCUCUUUUGCCAAGAUAAUAUUAUUAGUUUCUUGGGUUUUA